AUGGAGACCCCGCAAACCAAGACAGGGAUCAAGGUCAUCAUCGUCGGCGCCGGCUUUGGCGGCCUGACCGCGGCCAUUGAGUGCUAUCGCCAAGGCCACGACGUCGAGAUCUACGAGUCCUUCCCGGAGCUCAAGACGCUGGGCGAUAUCAUCUCGUUUGGCGGGAACGCCGGCCGCAUCUUCUAUCGCUGGAAGAAUGGCCAGAUUGCCGCGCGCCUUCGGGAGCUGAGCAUCGACCUGCGCGAGUACGGCUUCCGCAUCCACAAGUGGGAUACUGGCGAGGUGGUCUUCCACCAGAUCACGCCCCCGCAGAAGGAAGACGCGCCCUUUUUCAACGGCCAUCGCGGCGAGCUGCACCAGGUCAUCUUCGACUAUGCUAGAGACGAGCUCAAGAUCCCCAUCCAUCUUGGGAACUACGUGACGGACUACUUUGAGGAUGAGAACAGCGCCGGCAUCAUCCUGAAGACGGGAGAGAAGAUCGUUGGAGAUAUUGUCGUCGGAGCUGAUGGAGUGCGAAGCAAGGCGAGAGAGUUGGUGCUGGGAUAUGAGGAUAAGCCAAAGAGCAGUGGCUACGCAGUUUGGCGUGCCUGGUUCCCCAAUACUGACAUGUUGGCGGACCCGCGAACGCGACAAUUCUGCGAGAAUGGCGAUACUUUCAACGGCUGGAUCGGACCUGAAGUCCACUUCCUCUUCUCCACAAUCAAGGGCGGCAAGGACUGCUGCUGGGUCCUGACGCACAAGGACGAGCACAACAUCGACGAAUCGUGGUCAUUCCCAGGCAAGCUCGAGGAGGUGCUCGAGGUCCUCAAGAACUGGGACCCUAUGUGUAGUGCCAUCGUGGAGAAGACCCCGUCGCUUGUUGACUGGAAACUGGUCUACCGUGACCCUCUGCCGACAUGGACCAGCAAGCAAGGACGCACACUUCUUCUGGGAGACGCUGCUCAUCCAUUCUUGCCCACCAGCGCCCAAGGCGCGACCCAGGCCAUGGAGGAUGGUGCGACGCUCGCAGUUUGCCUCCGCCGUGCCGGCAAGGGCAAUGUUCCCGCUGCUCUCAGAACUCACCAAGAGAUUCGGUAUGAACGCGUGAAGGCUGUGCAGAAGACAGGAGAGACGACACGAGAUAUGUGGCACAAGACAGAUUGGUCCAAGGUUAAGGACGAUCCUUCUUCAAUCGGCUUCCCUCGCGAGGACUGGAUCCAUGACCAUGACGCAGAGAAGCAUGCAGAGACUGUGUUCGAUGAAAUCUUCAAGAAACACUCGGGCAUCGCCGGAAAAGAGAGUACUAGCUCUUCACACUUAUCGAUUCAGAAUAGCGCCAACAGUGUCUCAGUAGCUUCAUAG